AUGCCACAAUUAAGCCCUAUAAUAGGAAUUAUGUUUUUUGCUGUAAUCUUGGCCUUUUUGUUAGUUUUAGUGAUCAGUAUAAAAACUAGUAUACCAUUACUUUCAAGGAAAGAAGGACAAAAAUCACCUAAUCAAAAAGUUCGAUUUUUUUAA